AUGGAGGGUAACAAUCGAAAGCCACGGUUGCCCUGGAGACGCGGGGGCGGGGCGCGCGCCGCUGACGACACCGUGGCGGCUCCGGACAGGCUGACGUCACGGCCGCGGGCGUGGGCGGGAGGGGGCGCGGGCGGGGGAGGCGCGCGGAGGGGCCGCGGGGGCCGUGCGAGUGUGCGUGUGGUCCCGCCGCCCCUCGCAGCGGGUGGGGAGCGGGGGCGCUUCCUGGCGCGUGGCGCCGCCGCUCUGGAUCAGCACCAAGGACAGCGGCGGCGCCUGCAGCGAGUUCAGGGUUGCGGGAUCUCUGGGGACAGAGGGGCCCGAGGCGCGGCGGACGGCCGAGUCUGUGGUCCUGGGGCGGGGCCAGGCGUCGGUGGCCGUGACUGGAGACUGUUACUGAGGGCGGCCCGGGCAGUAAGCAGUCUAGAGCCAAGGUGCCGGCGCACUGCCCGGGCCGGGGCUCUCCCGUCACCCGCGGCUGGGGGCGCUGCUGCUCCUCCUCCCCCGCUUCUCUCGCCCCUCCCGGUCCCAGAGCUCGUGGACAGGCACAUGGCCCCUGACGUCAGAGUCCUCUCCGCGCGCGGAGGCGGGAAGUCGGGGGCGCAGCGGGACGAGCCCGACGGCACCGGCUGGGGAGGGGGUGCCCUAGCUGAAUGUGGGUGGGGGUCCCGAGAGAGCCGCGGCCGGGGCGGAGGGCAGGUGCUGACAGGGUCCAGUGUCCGCCUCCGGCCCCAUGUGGAGGGGGUCCUCCUGUCAGGCCGCAUCCGGCCCCCGCUCCACCGGCUGCAAGCGGACCCUACUCCCCCAUCCCGUCCCCACCCCGGAGGGGGCCCUCCAACCCGCAGCCCGCCGGUUUCCUCCUUGCCCACCCAUCCGUGUCUGCGCGUCAGUCCAUCUGUCGUCCGUCGGUCCGUCAGUCCUGCUUACCUGGCGGCCGCGCGGCGCCGGCGCCCGCUUGCCUCCCGCAGCCCGGCCGACGCGGCAGCUUUUAUAGGAGCGCGUAGUACUCGUGCGGCGGCUCAUUCAUGCGGCCGCGGCUCCUACACACUGACGCGCUGCCGACCCGAGGACUAUGCGGGGGGCGGCAAAUGCGGACCCCGCCAGCCUAGCGGCCGAGCGCUGUUGCUAAGCUCUUCGAGGCCUCGGAGAGACGCGAUCUGGGCGAAUCUCAUCGGUUACUAUGGUAACGCUGCGCCCCAGCCUCUCAAGCUCGGCCGCUGGGGGAGGCGCAGCCAAUCAAAAGCGGCGGGCGUUCUCGGGGACCCCCCCUCCCCCCGCGUGUGGGCGGGGGUCAGGAGGUGCAGGGAGGGGGCGGAGCGUGGGCCGGGGAGAUUCGGCGCUCGCAAUAAGCCGGGUGCAGCUGCCGGGCCGCUCGGGGACACUUCCGGAGUAGUCGAGCUAGCGCCCGCAGGCCACUGCGGUGUCCCCUCCGUCCCAGAAGGGGCGUCACUUGCACGAACGGGACCUCCAUGCGUAGUGCAGGACCUCAGGCCCUCCUGUCACUUUUCUCCCGGCUCCGUGGGUUGGAAAAGAGGUCGUCCAAGCAGGGUCCCUCAGAAUGGCUCACGCGAGAAUCUGGGGGCGGGGGCCACUCCUGAAGGACCCCAAGAGACGCUGUCCCGCCAGUCCCAGCUGAGUAUCCUGGGGCUCCCCUGGAGACCCGCGGGCUGUUUGGAUCCUCAAGAGGCCGCCAGGUGGCGCCAUGGCCGCAGCAGCGCCUACCGGCCCGGGCCGCUCCAGAUAAGAGUGUGCGGAAAGCGCAGCGGGGCUGAGACGCGACCAGGACGCGGGGAGGACGGACCAGCAGGACAAACCGACCGGGGGCCCGGCGGGCGGAGCGCAGCGCAGCGCAGCCACGUCCCCCCUGGAUCCGCCGGCAGCCGGGCCCGGGGCUUCAGACAUGCCCCCCAGGUGGGUCCCUGGGCUGGGGUCCGGGCGGGACGGGGAACCGGGGACAGCCCGGUCCCCACGCGCUGGCCGCCUCGGGGCGCAUCCUCCGCAGGAGCCCCAUCGCGGCUGGCGUUCUGGGCUCCGGAUGUCGCCCCUAGAGGACUCAGGACCACCAGUCGCUCCUCCGCUCCGGGUUCACGGCGGGGUCAGCGGCCCGGGGCCGGCUCUGCCCGCACAUGGGCUGGAGAGGCUAGGGGAAGGGAAGGGGAGCUGGCGGGCGGGGCUGGCAGGGGCGCUGCCCUGGCACAGCUCGGCGCCUGGCAGUGGGGCGGGUGGGGCGCCAGCGAGGAGCUGCCACCACCGCGGGGAGGGAAGCCCGGCCAGGCUGCGGGCGCAGGUAACGGGCCGCCAGGCCCUGCGGGGCAGGCGGGGAACAGGGGUGGGCCGGCGGGCGAACGGGUAGGGGAGCUCAGGGCUCGGUCGAGCCGCGCGGCUAGGGCGGCCGCCGGAAUUGGGGGCCGAAAAGAAAAGCCGGGAGCCGAGGGACUGGGGCUGGCGGGCUACUCCCGCCCCUCCUGCCCCGAUAUAACGCCCUCCCCGCGCCGGGGCCCGGCCUUCGCGCUCUGCCCGCCACGGCAGCCGCUGCCUCCGCUCCCCGCGCCCGGCCGCUGCCCGGGCCCAUCCAAGGCCUGA